GCGGCUCGAAAGGGUUAUGAGAUUGUAGUCAGACUCCUACUGAACAAAGAGAAUAUCGAUAUAAGCUCUACAUAUCACUACAACCAUACGCCACUACUGCUUGCUGCUAGAAAUGGGCACGCUGCAGUAGUCAAGCUUCUUCUCGAUUUUACUAGUGCGGACAUCAAUGCUAUGGAUAAAAGCGGGAGAACCCCACUACUAUGGGCUAUUAAAAACGGAUAUAGAGAUAUUAUGAAACUUCUUCUAGAUAAAAAGGGGGCGGAUAUCAACGCUGAGAAUGCAUUUCAACAAACGCCAUUACUUUGGGCAGCCCGCAACGGUAACGAGGGUAUAGUCGAGUUAUUACUUACUGUACCUGACGUUAAUGUUAACACCAAGGAUAAAGAUGGGUUGACACCUCUAUGGUGGGCAGUCAAAAAGGUCUAUAAUGCAGUGGUUCAAUUGCUCCUUGCC